GGCUGUUUAUAUUAUUGCUCGGACUGAUGAGUGUCCUGGCAGGACCUACCAAAAAGGCUUGCCCAGAGAAGCUCGAUAUUCCAUCGACGCAAAGCUGCUGCAAAUUGCCCAAGAUCGAUUUUAAACCCUAUGAGAAGCAAUGCGGCGAUUUGGGUGUCAAUGGCUUGCAUGUUUGGCCCUGCGGCUUUCAAUGCAUUUACAAGACAGCUGGCGCUCUCAAUGGCACGACAUUGGUGAUGGAAAAUGUGGAUGCUAUGAUGGCCACGCUAUUGAAGGAUGAAGAGAAAUUAAAAGAAGCCUUUGCCCUAGGAUUCCGUGCGUGCACGUCUAAGGAGCAGGAGAUUGUGCAUACCUUGAAGCGACGUCGAUUCCCCGAUAGUUCUAAGUGUUCGCCCUUGGCCAUGCUGUAUGGUGUCUGCGCCUACAAAUACGUCUUUAACAAUUGCCCCACGGAGAAUUGGACCAACAGCAGCACUUGCAAUCGCAUUCUAGCUUGCGAGCGUGCCAAGGACAAUAUGCAAUAACAUAUAAUUUGCAUUAAUACGAAGUUUAUUUGAAA